AUGAGGGUAUCAGAUGAAACUCAAAGAUACCCAUUUCACAAAAAAAGACAAGAGCUGGAAGAGUUGGGUGAGAAGGAUGUGUCUGAGCUGGACUUCUUUCCAGGUGGGCUGGAAAUGGAGGAAAGUGCACUGGAUGCCACUGACCAGGAAGCGGUGAUGUAUGAAGAAAAAAGUGGAACAGACUCCUGUCCCAGUGCUAUUGCCAAGAAAAAGAAGAGGAAAAAGAGCGAUGUGAUAAAUCUGACCAACUGUAAAUAUGAGAGUGUACGUCGGGCUGCCAAGAUGUGUGGGCUUCGGGAAGGAACUGAAAUUGAUGACUGGACCUUGUAUUGGACGGAUUAUUCUGUCUCUCUGGAUCGGGUAAUGGAGAUGAAAAGUUACCAGAAAAUAAAUCAUUUCCCUGGGAUGACAGAAAUCUGUAGGAAGGACCUUCUAGCCAGGAAUAUGGGCAGAAUGCUAAAGCUUUUUCCCAAGGAAUUUAACUUCUUUCCCAGGACCUGGUGUCUUCCUGCUGACUAUGGUGAAUUGCAGGCCUUUGGUAGAGCAAAAAAACAUAAAACCUACAUCUGUAAACCAGACUCUGGUUGUCAAGGCAAAGGCAUUUUCAUCACAAGAACUGUAAGAGAUAUCAAACCUGGAGAGGAUAUGAUCUGCCAGCUCUAUAUCUCAAAGCCAUUUAUUAUUGAUGGUUUCAAGUUUGAUCUUCGGAUUUAUGUCUUGGUGACAUCAUGUGAUCCACUACGGGUAUUUGUUUAUAAGGAGGGCCUUGCACGUUUUGCAACAUCCAUGUAUUCAGACCCAUCACAAAGCAAUUUGGACAAUGUCUGUAUGCACCUGACUAAUUAUUCAAUUAACAAGCACAGCGUUAAUUUUGUACGAGAUGAAGACUCUGGUAGUAAGAGGAAGCUGUCCACCUUUAAUAAGUACAUGGAGCAAAAUGGUUAUGAUACAGGACAGAUAUGGAAGGAUAUUGAAGAUGUUGUUAUUAAAACACUGAUAUCAGCCCAUCCUAUCAUCAAGCAUAAUUAUCUCACUUGCUUUCCCAACCACACCAUGUGGAGUGCUUGUUUUGAGAUCCUGGGAUUUGAUAUCUUGCUAGAUCGAAAACUCAAACCAUGGUUGCUUGAGGUGAAUCAUUCUCCAAGCUUCAGUACCGAUUCAUGGUUGGACAAAGAAGUGAAAGACCAACUAUUAUAUGACACUCUAAUAUUGAUCAACUUGGGAGCAUGUGAUAAGCGCAAAAUCUUGGAAGUAGAGAAACGGAGAGGGAAAGAAAGGCUUCUCAAGCAGUGCCGUAAUCGCGAAGCCAGAGCCGAGGAAUUCAAGAAUUGUCAGGCUGUGUGGCUCCAAGAAGCAGAGAUAUAUGAAGAAGAAAAUACGGGAGGCUAUCGCCGAAUAUAUCCCCGUUCUGAUUCUGUCAGAUAUGAUAAGUUUUUCCAACACAAUAAUUCGCUUUUCCAGGAAACAGCAGCUUCCAGAGCUCGUGAAGAGUAUGCAAGGCAUCAACUGCAGGAGCUGCGUCUCAAGCAAGAACAAAAAAUGGUUACAUUGAAAGAAAAGAAGGCUGAGUUCCCCGGAGAGUCCAGUGGAGAAAAAAUAAAAAUUCCUAGGCCAAAGAUGCUGAAUAGAUCAACUAUACUACCAGUCUCUGUCCAGCCUCAGAUCUGUUCAGAGUCUGGACCUGGGACUGCUCUCCUGCUUGAACAUUUUUCAGAUGAUCAAGAGCCCAAGAAAGAAGUGAUUUGUGAAUCUUCAACUAUUUCCCCACACAACAGCUUUGAAACAGACAGUCUAGAGAGGCCUAUAAAGCAACCGGUGAGGCCUUACAGCUCUGUGCCUGAUUUGACAUGGCAGAAUUCAUCCAGCACUCCAGAGCAAUCUAAUUCCAGUCCAGAAAUGAGGGAUACCAUUAAUAGUCACCAUUCUGCAACGAACGUGAACAUUACAACAAAACAUCAACCACCAAAUGAGCUUGCAAAAGCAUACAGUAAACAAAGCCCGUGUCCUCCUGACAAACAUUUUCCAGCAAUGACCAAACAUCAUGUGAGGAACAGAACUGCAAAAGACAUGGGUGUCUGUGAAAGUCCAGCUAUUCAAAAUUUCCACCCAUUUAGUGAAGUGUCUUUCCAGUUUCAUGUUGGAGAAAAAGCAGUUUCAUCACGCUCAGCUGGUCAGGCAACGAAAAUGAAAUUUCCUGAGAAUGGAAAAGGAAGAGGAACUAUCCUUGUCUCAGAAUUUUUCAGCAAAAUGAAUUUUACAGCAUCUGAGAAGCAUUUCCAGCUUCUCUCCCAACAACAGCCUCAACACCUCACCAAUCGAGCACAAAGUGCUUCCCUCCCAAGAGAAAUCCUAGGGAGCAGAAGUGCUUCUUGCAGGAAGUCAGCAAAAUACUAUAAUGUUCACCUCACCAUGCAGAAGCCAAUCAAUCAGCAACACAGCUUGCAAGAUUUGCUGGUGAUCUCACAGAUGAACAGCCAGACUAAAAGAGCCAAUGACCCAAGAGUAAGAGGUAGUCCUGUGAGCAGGGUCUAAGUGAAUCUUUCACAAGCACUGGAUAAUGCUGGAGCUCGGAAGGAGCUCCUUUCUAUUAAAGAGCACCCUGAAUUAUUUGAACUAUUCAGUUGUACGUUUUCCCAGCAUACUCCCAUGUAAAGGAAUUUCCGUGUGGCUAAUGAAAUUUGACCUAUAAAGCGAUAGGGUCUUUUUAGAGUAAGUGGGUCUUGAGAUAGUAGACGCUCCUGAUUUUUCUGUUCCCUGAAGAAAUAUGCAGAAAGUCCUUUCCUAUAAAUUUCUAAGAAAAUGAGUGCUGCAUUAAGUGAGUGUCAGAUAUAGAGACGUGAUCUUCUGUACUAUUCCCAGUCAUGUAUUACUGUACAUCUGCAUGGAGUCUUUUACUGUGUGCUGCAGACUGAAUCCUAAGGACUGAACUUGAUCCGACAUACAGUGGCAUGUCUUUUUUUCCGGAUUUUUUUUUUUUUUAAUGAAAAACAGUCUUGGAGAUUUUGGCGGGGAACUGAAGGGCUGCUUAACCCUUCCCCUCCAGUUACUUGUGCAUUCAAACAUUUUCCCAUUCUAUUAUUUUAUCUAUGGUGGAAAACAUACAGGACUCAUAUAUUUAUCCCCAUGGUGAAAAAUACAGCUUAAGAGGAAGAAUUUUGAGCUACAGGUCAGCAGUAGCUCCUGUUCCACCUACCUUCUGUUUCCUAUUGCAGCUCCCAAAGCUGCUUUUCAUUUUUUUAA